UGAAGCAGCCUAUCAAUUGCCUAUAGGUGCAUCGUGUAUAGUAAACGUUUAAGCAAUUUAGAUGUUUUAUUAUCAGGAAAAUUGCAACGAAUCAAAUGCUUUUCUUAGCUGAUUCUUCCCUUUUUUGUUGCAUUUUCUUUUGUUGUUGUUUCCUGUGUCGUGGCUAAUUUUGUGCAUUUCCCUUCCCGUCUUUCCACUCGGCUUCGGCUCUGCAAUCGGCGUGAGAACGGCGGACCUGAACGCAAUUACGUUCUAAUUUUAAGCCUUAGUUGGGUGUGUGGCUGGUCAUGGCAGUUCCGUGUGAUGUUCGUACGCCUGCGGUCCCGGUGGCUGAGAUUGAUCAGUGUAUUGGACGUCGCCAAAGCCUCUCUGUCAUAGAGAGGGACGGAUCGUGCCAUUUCUGCGGUGCACAGCUGGCUGCAGCUGGCCAGUCAUGAACCACGUCCGUCGAAGCGCCGAUCCGGUUAUGCGCUGCACUGUUAACAAGUUGGGGCUAAGUUUGUUUUGUAACAGUGCGGGCGUGUAGGUUAAUAAACACUGGGGCCGGUAUUGCAUCAAACAUCACCGCUCAUCGGUCACCGCAGCUGACCGGAUAGACAGCUUGGUGCAAUGAUCCCCGGCGGGGCUAGGGCGUAAGGCGAUGGGCUGCACCUCAGCCAAGCAAGUGUCGGCUGUGCCCAACGACGAGGAGGGCCGGGGCAAGGCCUACAGCAACGGCGACCUCCUGAGCGAUGAGUACAAGACCCAAGGGGUGGAGGAGGUGAAGUACAUGGUUGGACAGGAAGAUAGAGUGAACGCACGCAACCAUGAGAACCUGGAGAAGUAUGGGGUGGCACGCAGGGACAAACAGUGCGAGGUCCCAGCAGCCAAUGGCACCAAGCCAAACAUCAACAUGUCGGACAGCCAGCAGGAAUUCUUCAGGAUGCUGGAUGAGAAGAUUGACAAGGGACGAGACUACUGCUCUGAGGACGAGGAGGACGCGACAUAGCACAGCGUCCGCCAACACGACUUGGCACCCCACCCCAGAGUGAAAAUCGGCAGAUGUUGGAGGGAAGGGAUGUAUGAACAGAUGGGCAGACUGGAGAUACUGACUCUAUGCCAUCAGCCACAAAUCCCGGAUAAUGAGGGCUGCAGCCACCCAGCCUCCCCCACCCCCCCCACCUCUGCCCAUGUCCGAGGGAACCCCACCCACCAGAAAACAAGCAGAUUAAUGAAUAAGCCCCACCCCCUCAUUGUGAUGUUGUGGACUCAUCACCUUAAAAAGACUUAAAAGCCCAACAGAGACUUGAGUUGGAGUUGGAUCUUCUCACAGGAAUCAGCGGGACACUGGAUCUUGCAGCUGCUUUUUCCCCCCCUUUUUAUUUUCAGGAUUACGUUAUUUUUAAAUCUGUCACUCUCGUAUGAUUUCUCACACUGCACAGCUUUUUGUAGGAGUAUUAAAGGGACCCAGAACAUUGA